AUGGCUUCCUUUAUGGAAGACUUGUGGUCGAGCAUCUUCACUCCAGGCCCCACCCCAACCCUCUUGAUCGCAACCAACGUCACCUUCGCCGCCCUCCAACUCAUCUUCUUUGCCCUUCUCCUAGCCACCUACAGCCUCCACUUUGUCGCCCUGUCCGUGAUCAGUGGUGGGCUAUGGUAUGCCAUCAACUGGUUUGCCGCCGAGGUGCGACUUGCUCAACAAGCGCAGGAGGCGGAGAACGCAAAACAAGAAUCCAAGGAUGAUAACGCGAAGACGCGUCGGAAGUCUCCCGUAGCAGACAGUGCCGACAGCGAAACAGAGACUGAAGCGCUUGUCGCCAGAAAGACUGACGACAAGCCUAGUGUUGUCGCGACCGGGAGUGCAACAUCUGGAUUACUGCCCACUGCACGGGACUCUAAGAAGCGGCUCAGUACUAGUGGUGACGGGUCUGGAUAUGGAAGCACUGAUAGCGAGUGGGAGAAGGUUGAUGAUUCUCAGUCUUGA